AUGGUUGGUAGCAGUUCUCAAGUGUCCAUUGUUCAAGCUGAUGUUAUAGAUAUUCCAGAUGAUGCGAAUGUGGAAAAGGUAGGUUCUCAUGUUUUAAGUGCGCCUAUUGAUGAUGUUGUCGUGGCUAUUUUGGGUGUUGAGAAUGAAGGGAAAGGAUCGAAUGUUGUAGAGUUAUGUCCUUGCUGGUCUCCGACGGAUGCUUCUCGCAUUUCUGUGUUUGAAAUAUUUGUUGAUUUUACUUUAAAUGCAUUUCCUCCUGAGAGGUACCAGUUGCAAAUGGAGAUGCACACCUUGCGUUCAAAGCAUGCUAUGUUAUUGUCUUCUCUGUCGAAGUUGAAGGUGCGGCAGCUGGUGCAAAGAGGUGGCCAUGUUGCAGAUAUGCCUAAAGGUGAUGUUGACUUUGAUGCGGCAAUUGAUGAAGCUUUGGAUACAUUAGGAUGUGUGGAUUAUAUAUCGGUGUUUGGGGCUGAGAAAGUUGGACGUUGA